AUGUCUGAGCCUAAAAAUCAAGCUGCAUGGCUCAUCAAAGCCGGCUCUCCUCUAGAGGUGGGAGAUGCCCCUCUGCCCAAGGCUGGCCCAGGCGAACUAGUCAUUAAGAAUGUCGCCAUCGCCAUCAACCCUCUCGAUUGCCAUAUGCAAGACUCCGGUGUCUUUAUUCAGCAAUGGCCUGCCAUUUUCGGCUGUGAUAUCGCCGGUGAGGUAUAUGAAAUAGGAAAAGAUGUGGAGAGGUUCAAGAAAGGAGACCGCGUCAUUGGACAUGCCAUCAAUCUGAUUAGCGGCCGCCCCCAGGAUGGCGCGUUCGCUCUGUAUACAGUCAUACCCGCAGAUAAAGCAGCAAUACUACCCGAUGAAAUCCCCUUCACGGAUGGUGUUGUAGUGCCCUUUGCAUUGGAGGCAGCUGUUUGCGCACUUUGCCUCAAGGAGCCUGGUAUCGCAAUGCCCGGUGUUUCCACCCCAGCCCUGGGCCUUCCAUACCCCUCGCUGCGUGAUGUACCACUCUUAGGCAAGAUACUUGUCGUGUACGGUGGUUCAUCAUCUGUUGGAUCGAUGACAAUUCAGAUUGCGAAGGCUGCCGGAAUCUAUGUACUCGCUAUUUCUGGUGCGCAUAAUUUUGACUUCAGUAUGCGAUGCGGAGCAGAUCGGGUCUUUGACCGUAAAGAUUCUUCGCUUGCAGCGAAAAUAAUUGAUACAGUUAGAAAUAAUGGGGGUGACUUCAUUGGUAUCUUUGAUGCCAUAGCUACCCCUGAGACUUACGCCAACGAUGCCGCUAUUCUUGCGCAGCUGACCAAAGGACACCUAGCUUGUGUGAAUCCUCCUCCCCCUGCUGAUAGCGUCCCUGCAACUGUCAAAUCUGGUAUGAUCUUCGCUGUCGACGAUGUUGUGACUCCUGUCUGGAAGGAUUAUGUCACACCUGCGUUGCAGUCAGGGAAGCUCCAGUGCCUGCCGACCCCACUCAUUGUUGGUAAAGGUUUGGAGCAUAUUCAAUCUGCGUUGGAAAAGGCCAAGGAGGGUGUCAGUGCGACAAAGCUUGUCAUCGAGCUGUAG